AUGGAGCCCACCUCACUUCUCACUUUACCGAUCUCAUCGACUGGAACGCACUUCCGAUCAAUCAAAGGAACGUCGGCUGAACGAAUGUUACCCUCCAAGGGUAGUAUCUGGAGAGCCAAUUUACGAAUACCGAAUCGAACGACUACUAUAAUCAUCUCUGGUGUCGGUCUCGGGAUUGUCGUAUUCGGCAUACUUCUUCGUAGGUGGUUUCAGCGCGGACGUAUUACCGGACCUAAGCUGACAUCGCGGUUUCAUGACGGGAGCGUUCAGGAUGGCUCUUGCGAUGUCCCUCCACGUGUGGAGAGGCCGGAAAGUGUGCGUGCUUCGUCACGGCUUCGGUGUACUCCAUCGUUCAGUGAUCGUGGUAGCGGGCGCCAAGGAAACUCUCGGCAACGCAACCACUUCAGCAAUAGCAUGGAAGCAUUUCCUCCGGUUUGCUCCGACUCUAGCCACGAACUACUUCGGGCACUUGAAAGAGCAAUCAAUGUUAUUGAAUUUUACCGCGAAAAGGAUGGUAGCAAAACCGAAGAGCUAACUUCUAUCGCUGACCGCCUUCACGGACUAGAGGCUGACAUCUCCCGUCUGGUGGCAGAUGGGGCACUGGAUGAAUAUAGAGAUGACUUUAGCAAUGUAGUAGCUCAAGGAUGGCAAGGCUAUAGCGCUCCACGAGCGGGAACCCUUUCGGUGCUCUCAGACGAUUCCUUCAUGUCUGCUUAUGAAGAAUUCGCUGUUACCCUUGAUGACGACGUAUCACGUGAUAUUUCGGUUCCCGAAGACCAACUGUUGUUCUACAAAGAAGGCUUAAAAGCAGCGAACAACGGAGAGGUAGAUUACCGAAAGAUGCGCGGUGAUAUUUGCCAGUGUGACAGUGAGCUGGAUUUUGCCGCCAAGCUUUGGUGUUUACGGCAAGCUUUUGCGGUCUGUCUUAAUGACGACCAUCGUCAGGUAUGGUUGGCGAAAGCUGGUCGUACAUUAUUGGGGGAUAUUUUGCGACAUUCAAAGCAGGAUCCCACCCAGUUUUAUAUCGCUUUCGACGCCUUGAUUGAUUUCUUUCGCAUUGAAUCGAAUAUUUCUCAAAUGGCUGAGGAGCUCGCUGAUAGAGGGGUGGUAGAAUGCGGUUUUUGGGAUGUCGUCCUCGACUUCAUACUACUCGACUCAUUUGAUGAUAUUAAAUCUCCUCCGUCUGCUGUAUACUCGGUCACAAAAAAUUAUUUUCUCUCAAACUCCAUGAAAUACUCAACAAUAAGCACUAUUAUCUGGUCAAUGCUCAAGGCUAAACGGCAACGGCUGAAGGAUCCAAAUGGUUUCAUCGCUCAUAUCUAUAACGUCUCUGAGGCCGUCUCGCCCGCGAUCACGCUGGGUUUUCUUGGAACAGACCCACGUAUCGGGGAGUUGUGUCAGUACUUUAAGGAGCAGAUCACUCAGUUUGUGGUGGAUAUUUUCAAUCCGAAGCGAGUGCGUUACACAACCGUAGAUGCACUUGCUGAAGAUGUUUGGAUUAUACUAGAGACUCGCACGGAAGCUGUUCGCACUCGACUUGGCACAGAGCUAAUUCCUGCCUAGUUUGCGAUUACUUCAGGUGUACUUUUAGUAUUUGAAAAAGUUUUAGUCAUUCAUUCGUUUAUUCGAUUUGAAAGUAAUUUGCUGACAGAUUUGACUUGUCACAGUAUCGUUUGACUUUUUAUAUCUACUUGUGCUUUCAGUUUUAUUUUCGAAUUUCCUCUUUGUGUGGGAUUUUAGCUGAUCUCGUAAUAUAUGAGUCCCUCAAGGCCGUUUUUUCCUUUAGUUGUGCAAUUUCUGUCCUUGAUUUCAUUUGUAGGUUAGGUAGGUUGUAAUUUCCAAACUCACAGCAGUAGAGAUGACUUCACUGCUGAAGAGUUUGGAAAAUACUUAGGCAAUAUAGCGAGCUGCAGGGGGUGCUUCGAGCAUUUUGGAACAUAUCUGCCCUGAUGUGUGCCGCCUCACUUCCUGUUAGCUGCUAAGAUUUGAUUACGGUAGAAUUAGAUAGGCAAAGGAACUAGUCGUGAAUCGUUGUUUUGUCCUUUGCUCAUUACUGAAGUGCUGACUUCAAUGGGCUUUGAGUGUUUUUGUUUUGAAUUCACCACUUUAUGCCAUGUAUACAUUUGCUGAUCUUAGUUCUAGUACAAGAGUACGUGUAACAUCUUUUCGUUAUAUCAUAAUGUAAUUUUGUCAUAAACAUCUAUU